AAAAACGCCUCCCCCUCAUUAAGUUAGAUUGAACUCCGGUUUCGGUGUCUGUCAAAUUAUUUAGCUGGCUAACGUUAGCCAGUUAGCUGGGAUGACACCCAAAGCGAUGGCGAGCAGCUGAGCCGUCUCUGCAAAAUAAAAAAAUAAAAUAACAGACGACCCACGUUAUAAGAGCUGUGUUAACAGGGACGUGUACAGCUCUCAGCAAACACGGUGAGUCACGGCACCGAGCUCUCCGACACGGACAGCUGAAACUAAAGAAAUACUUCUGGAGCAACGCCAAAGCGGCGGAUGGACCCAACAACAUUUGUCGUGGGACCUACAUAAAAAAGGAAAAAAAUAAAUAAAGAAAGAAAGAAAGAGGGACACAAAUCUGAACCUCUGAAUGAGUAAUGAACCUAAACCCCUUUUGGAGCAUGUCUGCCAAUACAAGUCGUAAGCAGAGAUCUGACGAGGAACAGAGUGGGCACGGGGAUCAGAGAUCCAGCCCUGCCCGGCUGCCCUUUGGCAAAAAGCAGCUUCCACCCAUUCCGAAGAAUGCAACCCCCAUUACCAAGCCUGCAUCAACGGGCACCCCAGUCCAAUCAGCCAAUGGCACGCAUGCCUCCUAUGGCCCCUUUUAUUUGGAGUACUCUCUGCUGGCUGAAUUCACUCUCGUGAUUAAGCAGAAACUCCCUGGAAUUUAUGUCCAACCAUCCUACAAAUCGGCACUAAUGUGGUUUGGCGUCAUAUUCAUCAGACAUGGCUUGUACCAGGAUGGAGUCUUCAAAUUCACGGUGUAUAUUCCAGAUAACUAUCCAGAUGGAGAGUGUCCUAAAUUAGUAUUUGACAUCCCAGUCUUCCAUCCUCUUGUUGACCCUGUGUCUGGAGAGCUUGAUGUCAGAAGAGCUUUCACCAAAUGGAGACGGAAUCACAACCAUAUCUGGCAAGUCCUGAUGUACGCUCGUACAAUUUUCUACAAGAUCAAUACCACGGAACCACUCAAUCCAGAGGCUGCUGUGCUAUAUGAAAAGGACGUGCAUUUGUUCAAAAGCAAAGUGGUGGAUAGUGUAAAGCUAUGCAACAGUCAUCUUUUUGACCAGCCCAAGAUAGAUGAUCCCUACGCAAUAAGUUUUUCUCCAUGGAAUCCAGCUGUUCAUGAAGAGGCAAAAGAGCGAAUGUUCACAUACAAAAGACGACCUGAGGAUCACCAUAAGGGAACGCAUGUGUCAGGGUUGUCUUGGGUGAAGCCUGGAUCAACACAGCCCUUCAGUAAAGAAGACGGUCCUCCCCAGAGCUGAACCUGCAGUGUCGCUGCAGGAGCCACUAGAGGGAGGCACAUGCAUCUAAUGCCACACCACUGGCUUGCCUCAGCUGUUUAUGUGAACUGGAUCCUUGAAACAGUUGGGAGAACUUUAUAUUCAAUCUCCAUGUAAUUGCUCAGCUUUAAAAGCUUUGUAGGCAUCUCCACAAAUGGCUUUAGAAUAAGGAGAGUUUGUAUCAUAUGUAAGUUGACAAUGACAAAUGGAUGUCUCUGCAACAUCAUUUAGGCUGUGUUGCAAUCAAAGAGCUUUCUCAUUUAGAUUUUUCGGGUCCAUGCACAUGUUGGGCUAGGUGAUAGAACAAUCUGUCCCAAAAGGAGCUGAAAAGUGUGAGCAAAGCAGUUUGCAUUCAUACAGUAAGUAUAGUCGGCUACAUGAUCUAUACCACUUGUUGAAAUUGGCUCAGGACUGUUCAUUUGUCAAGACUUGGAAUGUUGUUAGUCACAGCUGUGUGAUCAAAAUGUCAUAAUUUCCACCCCUAUCAUCACCCAAUUUGAUUGACAUGAUAUGUUUUAUAUUUGUUUGUUAUUGGAUAAUGAUUUCUUUUUAAUUCCACUGUAGAAACAAUUGUCUUACAUAGUUCCUAUAAAUAUAUAAAGCAGAGCAGACAAGUGUGGUUUUAAACGAGAUGCUAAAUAAGUAAGCUCAUGUAUUUUAUUCUGUCUGAUUUUAAAUAAUUUUGGAUGUUUUAUGUAAAAUUGGUUAUUAAAGUUUGAUGUGUAAAUAUUGGAUGCUGUGCUAAGCUUUGACUUUAGCAGAGAGUGGUCUGCUUGGAUUUUAUAAGUGAUUGUUUUGGUUUUAUUAGC